GUCCGUUCACCCGUGGCCGGCCAACAAGCAGACAAAAUGGCGUCGGCUCGGCUCCUCAGGCUGGGCUCUUAAAGGAGCCGCAGCACCUCGGGCCUGGCGGCCCGUGGAGACGACGAUCGCUCGGCCGAGGAAGGGAGGCGGGAGAGAGAUACUGUUCAUAUGAUAUUCUGUAUUUUUGGCAAUGAAGAAAGGCUCGGUAAGAAAAGCAUUAUGUAGAAAACCACAGAUGUCAGCUUCUCGGACACCUAGUCCAAUGUCUCCUGUCAGUUCAAGUACCAGAUCGCCAUCUCCUCUUAGCCAACAGACUUCUCCAUCUGCUUGCAAAAGCAUGGAGCGGAGGCACCAACAACUUGAUAUUACAGCAGAAAAUGUAGAAGCUGCUUUUGAGUAUAGGUUUCAUAAAGAUGAAAAUGGUGUUAGUUCAGGAGUUAGGUACAUUACUGAACUCCUUAUAAAAGGUCUGUCAAAACAGGAAAAUUUGUCAUGUAUAAGCUCACUGAAUCUUUCUUCCCCAAAAGAUGGGGACAAGAAAUUUAAGUACAUAGAAAAUUUGGAAAAAUGCUCUAAACUAGAGACUCUAAAUCUUAGUAACAACCGAAUAGAGAAGAUUGAGAAGUUGGAUAAACUGAUGAAGUUGCGUGAACUCAAUUUGUCUUGCAACAAAAUCAGUAAAAUUGAAGGUAUAGAACAUAUGCAGAAUCUACAAAAGCUGAACCUUGCAGGGAAUGAGAUUGAGCGUAUUCCUGUGUGGGUAGGGAAGAAACUGAGAUCCCUGCGCAUCCUUAAUUUGAAACAGAAUAAAAUAUCAUCACUCCAUGAUAUAGCUAAACUAAAGCCUCUACAAGAUCUGACUUCUCUAUUCCUUGCUGAUAAUCCAGUUGUAAGUCUGCCUCACUACCGCUUGUACACCAUAUUCUGCUUGCGAGCACUGGAAAACUUGGAUGGACAGCCAGUGACAAAUCAUGACAGGCAGGAAGCUCUAGAGAGGUUUAAUUUAGAAGAGAUAGAAAAAUUAGAAAGAGAGCUGGAAAACACAGUAAAGGAGAUGGAGAACCUUAAACUUAACCAGUCCAAAGUGCUUGAGCAACUUCGCCAUCAAGAUGAGGUCAACAAAUCAUUAAAAGAAAAGACUUUGCAACAGAAACAAAGCUAUGAAGACCUACAAAGGGACCUGGACACCAAAAAUGAAUUGUCGUGCUUUCCACUGUCUAUUGGAGUUUUGCUGCAUGUUCUCCCUCAGUUAAAGCAGAAGACAAUGGAGCUAACCCGAGCUUGCCAGAAGCAGUAUGAAUUGGAGCAGGAACUGGCGUUUUAUAAGAUAGAUGCAAAAUUUGAGCCGUUAAAUUAUUUUCCGUCGGAGGAUGUUGAACUUGAUAAUGUACCUGGUGAAAGCCCAUACAUUGGUAAGGCCAGGUAUAAAAGAAAUAUGUUUAUAAGAGACGGCUACAUUGCUAACAAAGCUCAGCAGAUGGAGGCUGGAAAAAUGCAACUAAAUGAAGAUGACUUCUGUGAGAAACCCCAGCUGAAACUGCAGCUCCAAACUCUAGACGAACUACUAGAGGGUAAAGAAAAAAAGAUUAAUUCAGCACAGAGAAGAUUAGAAGAACUGCAAAGUGCAAUAGGAAAUGCAGAGCAACAAGUUUUGAAAGUAACAGGGGAACUGCAACAACUGGAGGAUGCUCUGGCUCAGAAAAAAAUAUCACAGGCCAACAAGGAAGGUCUUGAACAGCAAUUGAGUGGAAAGAUACAAAUCCUGCAUCAGCUACACAAGGAAGCUUUAGAACUGGAAAAUCAAAUGGAGAAACAGAAAAGAGAAAUAGGGAAAAAACAGAAAGAGCUUGAAGACUUGCAGAGUUCUCUUGCUUCUGUGAAUCCUGAAGACCCAAAACAUGCUCACAUGAGAGCUCAAAAAGCAAGUAAAGAACAGCAGUUUGAUGUAAUGAACAAACAUUACAAACAGCUUGAGAGUCGCCUGGAUGAAAUGCUUUCUAGGAUUGCUAAGGAAACUGAGGAAAUCAAGGACUUGGAGCAACAGCUCACUGAUGGUCAGAUAGCAACAAAUGAAGCGCUGAAGAGGGAUUUAGAAAGUAUUAUCAUUGGCUUACAGGAAUACCUGGAAAGUGUUAAGUGUCAGGCAAAACAGGCCAAUGAUGCAUGUAAGGAGUUGCAGAAAGAUAAAGAAUCUUUGCUACAAAGAUUGGCAGAUCUAGAGGAGGAAAGAAACAACCUGGAAAUAGUUGCCAUGGAUGCAGAAAAUAUGAGAAAAGAAAUUAAAAUGCUAGAAGGUGCACUGCAAGAGCAGCGAGAAAUAAAUGAAUCGCUUAGAGAGGCACAAGGGGACAUCAGUGCCUAUGAGGCUGAACUGGAAGCCCAGCUAAGAGACAGAGACACUGAAGCCAAUCAGCAUAAAGAAGAAUUGGAAAGACUGAAACAACUUAGCCAGAUGGAACUGUCAGCCCUGCAAGCUGAACUUGAAAAAGAACGGCAAGCAUUAGAGAAUGCUCUGACCAAAGCACAACUAGCAGAAGAGAAGGAACAACAAAAUUAUAAGCUCCUUUCUCAGUUCAAACAAUUGCAGGGAGACAAUAAUCUACUGAAACAACAGCUUAAAGAUCUUCAGAAUCAGCUAAACCAUGCAGUUGGUAACUUAAUUCAUCCUGAGGAGGUCUUAGCUUGUAUAAAUGAACUCAAGCAAAAGCUUCAGACAGGAGUUGGAGAAAUUAAGUGUCAGAAUUCAGCUGAUGUUUUAGGGAAAAGCCUUGCAAAUCUACAGAAAGAAUUUAAUGACAUCCUUGCUGAUGCUCAGAGGGAAAAAGAGAAAGCAUGGGCUAGACAGAGACAAUUGCAGGAAGAAAUGGUAUCCCAGCAGGACAAACUGGAAGAGGUACAGGAGAAAUAUAGACAGGUUAAAGCUGAAAACAGGCAGAAUAAGAACAAGGUCCAUCAGUUAGAGAAUGAAAUUCAACGUUUACAUGAAAAAAUAAAGAGCAUGGAAGAAAUUCAGGGCCUUGCUGAUCAACAGCUCCAAGAGGCAGAUGAAGAGAAAGACACUAUUCUUGCACAACUGGAAGAUUUAGAGAAAAGGAAAAAAAUAGAAGAUGCCAGGGCACAAAUGCAAUUUGUCAGUCUAGAUAAAGAACUGAAGGAAUUAAAGAGAGCAAUCAUCACUUCAGAUAAAAUGGCAGCCACAGAGCUCUCCAUUGCUAAAAAUCAGCUAAAGGCUCUUCGUGGGACUGUUCUCAGAAUUAAUCAGGAGCGAGCUGAGGAGAUUGAGGAAGCUGAAGAGUUCUGUGCUGAGGCAGCUCGUGCAGCCCGGGAUCUUGCCAGAGCAGAAGCAGAAAUAGAAUUGUUGCAACAGCUCCUCAAAGAGAAGGAAGAACAGCUUCAGCAUGAAAUGGAGAAAGCUGGCGAGAAGACUGUUGCAUCAAGCUCUCAGAAGUUUGAAAUUGAUAAAUUAAACGAAGCUAUGGAGCAACAAAAAGCGGAAAUUGACCGUUUAAGAUGGUUGUUGGAUAACAUUGGGACAGGUAACAAAGAUGAAAUUGGCAACUUACAAGAUGAAAUUGCAGCACUCAAAAAUGUGCUUUCAUACCAGAAUGAUUACAUUACCAGUAUAGCGGAUCCAUUGAAAAGAAGGGGAUACUGGUAUUACAUGCCAUCAUCACAGGCUUCAACUCCUGCUUCCCGUAGCACAAAAGAUUCUGGAGUUUGUUUACUGUGUUCUGGCACAUCCCAACCCAGAAGAGGGUGUGGUCAGGACAGACAGAGCAGGAAGGAAGACUUGCCCAGUCAAGGAGGAUGUUGGGUUUAUUCACCAGUCAGAACUAGGUUGUGCAAAACAGAGUCUGGUAAAGAUGGAAGAGCGAAAGACGAUAGUGAAGGAAAUGAAGAAACUCAUGUUCCCAAAGACCUGCCCUUUGUACCACCACCUGGUACAGUUAUUUACACAGUCCUUCCAGAUGGUGCCCCUGUACCUCAGGGAACUGUGGUUUAUGGCCCUCCUCCUGCAGCAGCAAGUGGAGGUUCAAUUGCUCCUGGAUCUGUUAUCUAUGGCCCACCUCCUGUGGGAGCCCAGGUUGUUUAUGGCCCUCUUCCUCCAAACUUCACCGUCCCACUCAUUCCUGUUGGAGUGCUUCACUGCAAUGUGCCUGAACAUCAUGAUUUGGAGAGUGAAGUCUCAAGGCUAGAAGACACCGUGUAUUAUUUAAAGUCUCGGAAAUACAAAGAUAAAUGGUCAGAGGCAGCUGAGCAUAAAUGUAAAAAAGAGGUGGAAAAAUUGCGUCAAAACGUUGAAGAACUUCUGCAUGAAAGAGAGGAGUUGGAACAUGAAGUAGCAGAGCUACGACAAGCAGCUCAAAAACAUAACAAACACAAGGACUUUAUUCAAGGGUAUACUGACAACCUUAUUGUGGAUUUGCAGUUAGAAGAGUCUCUUAAGCAUCAUGAAGAUAUUGCAGAUGAAAUUGAAUGUAUAGAGAAGACUCUUCUGAAACGACGAGCAGAGCUUAGAGAGGCAGAUAGGCUACUUUCAGAAGCUGAAGUGGAACUUGAGAGCACACGGGGGAAAACUAAAGAGACUAUUCAAAAGUACAAUCAUGCCAAACAGCAUUUGUCCCGUACUGAAACUGAGGGAAAGGAGCUAGAGCGAAGGGCUCAGGAAAUGGCCAUUAAACUUGUGAAAGCAGAUCAGCAAUUAAGGUUAUUACAGGCAGAUACAAGGGAUGUAGAACAGCAUAAGAGGGAACAAGAAGGUGUUUUGAAGGAAAUCAACAAAAUGGUGGCUGCAAGAGACUCUGAGUUCCAGUCGUUAAACCAGAAGAUAGAAAUGCUAACUGAAAGUCUUCAGAAGCUUCAAGGAGAUAUUCAAGUUGCAGAAGGUAAUGAAGAACAUCACCUCCAAAUCCUUAGAGAAGCAGAAAGCCUUCUUCAAGGCAAGAAAACUGAACUGGAAAGACUGAAGGAUCAGAUUACUGCUCAGCAACAAGAGCUUUUGUUUCUGGAGCAACAGUUAAAUCAAAGAAAAGAAGAGCUCCGUGUCCUUCAAGACUGUAUUUCUCAAAAGAAAGGUGACCUCAAAGAAGCUCUUCGAGGUGGAGAGGCUGAAGCAAAUGAGAAACUACGCCAAAUAAGAGAAAUAAAACUACUUCUGGAAGAGCUUAACGUUGAGAGGAAAGAACUGGAUGUCCAGAUUAAUGAGAAAAGAGCACAGCUUUUGUUCAUAAAGAAGGAUAUUGGAAAAGAGGAAGAAAACCUUCAAGGAAUACUUGGGCAAAUUACCCGGCAUAAGAUAGAACUGAAACAUGUUCUGGAAAUGCUGGAGCUUGAGAAUAAUGAACUUCAAGUUUUGAAACUACAACAUGACCAAAAGGUUGACGAGCUCAAAAAAACUCAGGUUACAAUUCUAGAAGAGAAGUUAAAAUUGGAGAAUAUUCAGAGAUUAUUUCAGUGUCAGCAAGGGGAAGUAGAUUGGCAGGAACAACUACUUGAGAAAGACCGUCAGGAAAAUGAACAUCUGGUUUCUCAAAUGCGCACUCUGCAAAAUAAUAUUGAGUCUCUGAAUAAAGAAAAGGAAAAGCUUGAAGAAGACUGUCGCAGUUUGGAAAAGAAGUUGUCACAAACCAGAAGAGACUUAACUGCUGCUGAAGAUAGCAGCAGAACUGCAUUGUCCAAUGUAGAAAAAAUGGAAUUGGAUGUUAAAAACCUGCAGCAGGAGGUAGAUCUACUGAACAAACAAAAAAAAUCACUGAAUGGAGACAUUAUUGUUGUACAGAAGGAUCUUCAAGAAAAAAAGGAAGAACUAGAAACACUGAAAGAAGAAUUAAGUGACUCCAGGCAACAGCUUCAACUGGUAGAACAGGAUUUGAAAAAUAAUGCAAGGCAUCAGGAUGAGUUGCUUAGAGAGCAGGCAACUCUGAAAGAAGAUAUCCUAGAGUAUUUAAGGAAACGUAAGGAUUGCCAAGAGAGACAGAAAAAGAGGGAGAACCAGUUGCAGCAGCUCCAGAAAGAGAUUGAAGAGAAAGAAACAGAACUAGCCAAACAAGAAGCGAUUCUUCAUUGCCUCAAGCAAAAUUCAGAGCGUGAAGGAAAAAAACUGGAAGAACGUAUUGCUAAAGUGAAAGAUCAGAAAAUCCUAUUGGAAAAGGAACUAACAGAUCAACAAAAGAAACUGGAGCAGGCAACAGCAAAAGUAAAGCUGGCAGAAGAAAACCUCAGGAAGCUGGAAGAGGAGGAGUCCCGAUGUGCAGCACUUGAAGAAACUGUCAGAAAAAGCAAACACCAUCUCUCAGAAAAAGAAUUACAAUUACAACAAAAAAACAGAGAAAUACAGUCUCUUCAAAAAGAACUGGAAGUCUCCAAGGCUGAGCUAAACCAUCUCCAAGAUCAGAUAACAUCAGAGAGGAAGAAAGCUGAAAAACAAAUCUUGACUCUGAAAGAAGCAAUGAAAACACAGAGCAUGCAGCUUGAAAGAAAACUGCACGAACAAAAGCAUGAAAAUAACUGUUUGCAGAGUGAUGUAGCAACUGCUGAACAAGUAGCACGCAAUGACUGUGAACGAGCCCAGCACCUUAUUAAGGACCUUGGCCAGAUCCAGCAGGACUAUAUGGAUCUCCAAACCCAGGUAUAUCUGAGUAGCCAAAUACAGGUUAAAACUCAAGAAGACCUGGAAAAGAGACAAAGGGAAAUAGAGAAUGCAGCGAUGUUGCUUAAGCUGGAGGUUGAAGAUGAAAUUAGGAUGGGGUUUAAAUCUUCAAGCCCAUCUUCUCCAGAGCCAUUGGAAGAUUUGGAAGCAUCUUCUGAAGUAAGGGGAAAUCUGCAGUGUGAGUUGGAUAACUUAGAGGAGACCGGUCCAUUUGCUGCUGCUGCCACAAGACUCCUCUCAUUGGAAGAAAAGUUGAAUUUUUCUAAAGUCUUCUUAAUGGAUGAACAGUGGCGUGGGGAGGCUCUCCGAGAAAAACUGCAGCAUCACGAAGAUCGGCUGAAGGCUCAGCUCCGGCAGUGCAUGUCCAAGCAAGUAGAAGUAUUAAUCAGAGGAAAACGGCAAACAGAAGGCACCCUUCACAGCUUGAAGCGACAGGUGGACGCACUGGAUGACCUAGUCAGCAGCACUUCUUCAGAUUCUCUGUUUCUAGCCCAAAGCUCAAGUCUCGUAUCUCUUCAUGGCGCUCUGAAUUUAACAAAAACACAGGCCACUCUGACAAAACUUGCCCAGGUCCCCAGCCGGCCGGCAGGUCUCGCAGUGGUGUCGCAGACACUGCGUUCCUGCUCGCGAGGAAUUUCUCGGUAAAGCCCAGCGGCGAGACGUGACUUCAGCCCAGCUGGAACUUCACUGAGUCGUGAGCGUCUUGAAGGUUGAGGCUUGCGGGUUGUAGGUGGUGGUAGCCCAGGGGCAGGUGUGGGUUCUCAGACCUUUCCAGUGAAAGCAUUCCUGUGGUUGGUAUCCUAGCGCUUGAUGCUGUUCUGGCACUUGGAUGUGUAUUUUUAAACAAAUUGUGGGUGAGAGCUGCUUGUAAACUCUCAUCCGACAUGAGAAAUUACUACUGUGUUGACCAACUUAAACAUUAAGCUACUGCUACCCUUCAUCUUUCAGUAAUGCUUUUCUGGUUUUAAUAAAUGUACAGCCUAGCAUCUAGAUUUCGGUUACAGCUCGUUACAAUACUGGCCUGGUACUUGAGCGUUCUUCUGCAAUGAUUCAAGUUAAAAAUACAUUAUUUCAAGAGCUGCCCUACAGUAGCAGAAAUGCUUCAAGCCUGUCUACAGCUGCUCCUAGGCAGCUGCCAGGCAGCAGGCGUUAGCAGCCUCCCCUCAGCUGUAAGAGCCGCCUGUGCUGUGCAACAGCCAGAACAGGCCAGGCCACAGCAACCGCCCUCAGCGCAGGGCAGAGCCGCUCGUGUCCGCUCCCCUCCAGGCAAGGCCCGACCGGCGCACGUGGCUCUGCCGUCUGCCAUCACCUUCGGAGACUUCUACCUCAGUUUUGCAAGCCUUUUCUAAAAAGGCAUUUGCCACCACUAACAAACAGCUGGCUGCAGGGCCUGCUCCGUACUGUGAAGUUUUUUGUACGAUUGAAUAACUGAGCUUUAUGUGUAUAUAAGUGUUUUUAAAAAUGAUUUUAAAUGUGGCUUUAAAUGUGCCCUAAACACCCCCUUUUAUUUAAGUGCAUUUGUCACUUUCCACUUUGAAGAAAACUUGUCACAAGGACAGAGUUGUCCAUUUACCUGUUGUCAAAUGCAUGGAUGUUUUAAAUACAAUUAUUUUUGAGUACUUCCUUAAAAUAAACUUCAGUGAUUGAUGCUUGCUUUUA